AUGAAGUAUUUCCAAAAUGGAUUGAACCAAAUUUGCCAAUAAAUAAUUAGACCAGCAAGAGCAGAAUACACAAUAUAUGAUUUAUGUAAGCUCAGCAUAAUUAUUAUGAACAGCUUCUUAUUAGAUUUAGGAAGAUAGUCAGUAUACAAGGGAGGAUUUUGAUAUCAUCAAUCCUCGACAAGAAGUGAUCAAAGUUAGUUAAUAUACAGGCUAAUAAAAAAGCGAUGUUUGCAUUAUAUAUUUGCAUACAGCCAAUGGUUCUAGAAUGGAAGUGAGCAAAUAUGUAUCGAUGAUAAUUAAAAAUGGGUUUGGAUUGAUUUCUUUUGAUUUCACUGGGUCUGGAAUGUCAGAUGGCGAGAUCGUGACUUAUGGACAUAGAGAGGUUGGAGAUUUGCAAACUGUUAUAAAUCACUUCUAAUCAUCAUAUAAAUAAAUAAUACUCUGGGGAAGAUCGAUGGGUUCUGCUGUUGCUCUCCAAUAUAUGCAAAAGUUCAAUAACAUACUCAUCAAAGGAAUGAUCUUGGAUAGUCCAUUUGUUUGCUUGCUUGAUGUAAAUAAACGCUUAAAUUGAAUUAGGUGAUAUUGCAAAUGGCAUCAAGUAAAACUAAAAUACCUAAUUUCAUUUUGAAGAGUCUAUCCACCUUUGUAUCAAAUGAACUCAAAAAGUAAGCGGGAUUUGAUUUAGAAGAAAUCAAUUGUCUCAAAAAGAUUUCGUCAAUUAAAUGUCCUGCCAUAUUCGUGACUUCCAAGUUGGAUACUAUUGUACCGCCUGAGUAAACUGAAAAACUGUUUAAGGCUUACACAGGCAUCAAACAGAUCCAAUACACAAAUCAACAACAUAAUGGAAUCAGAGAACAUGCUUUUAUUGAAACACUUAUCCAAUGGUUUAAAAAGAGAACGCCUAUCUUUGAGAGACUAGGAGUUGGCACUCAGAUUAAAUAGAGAAUAAUGCAUAAAUAAAAAAAUACCUUAGGAACAAUUAAGUAGGUUUCAUUGGAUCUCUACAAGGAAAGAUCUUCGACACUAGAAUGUUGUACUUUUUAUUGUUAUUUUAGAUCAAAGAAGUUUGAACACUUCAGUAUCUCCCAAAUAAACCAUCAUGAAUAAAUAGAAAUUAACUGCAGAGGAGAAGUAUAAUCAACUGUUGGAAACUCAAAGAUCUCUUUAUUUGGAUCGGUCUGUUUCUGCAAAAAGAAUUUAGAUUAGCAACUCCAUCGAUUAUUAGAUAUCUCCUAUGCCUUUAGCACCUUUAAGCAAUAAAAUAGUUACUUCAUCAUAACACAAUUAUUUCUCUCAUUCAAAACCCAUCACUUUCACCAAGAUACCUCAUAAGACAAAAGAUUGUACUUAUGUUUGA